AUGGAGCUCAGUCAACUUCCUCUUGUGCUCUUGCUGAUUUCAAACAUCUACUCUGGACAAACUGAAGAAACCCCAAAAGCCACAGUGACCAUCAAACCUGCUCAACGUGUGUUCAGAGGAGAGAGAGUCACUCUCAGAUGUGACAUAAAUGAUGAAGGAGUCACUCGCUGGCAGUACGGCUGGUAUAAAGACGGUUCAAACAAAUCUUUCAGUAAACUACAGGAAUACACAUUCAGUUCUGUUACUGAGUCUGAUGCAGGUAAAUUCUCCUGUGAUGGAGCAGAGCCAGGAGGAUCACACAGCUUGCACCGCAGUGAUGAAGUUACACUGGAGGUGUCAGUUCCCAGAGCAGUUUUAAGUGUUUCUCCACAGUCGUGGUUGACUGAAGGAGAUCCAGUGACUCUGAUCUGUGAGGUUAACGGCUCCUCUACAGGCUGGACAUUCAGCUGGUUCACUUUCUCAUCAGUCAGCAAUCAUUAUGAGCUGCUCUCAGACAGCAGCAGAGGAGCUGGAGGAAACUACACCGUCAGUUCUGCUGCUCUAAAACACACAGGAGUUUAUAUGUGCACAGCAGAGAGAGGAGAACCAGUCGAUUACACAGAGUACAGCAACACACAGUUAAUAUGGGUCACCGGUGUUUCUCCUCCAGUCUCUCUGAUGGUCAGUCCCAGCAGAACUCAACACUUCACAUCUGUCUCUCUCUCUCUGAGCUGUGAGGACCACAGUAACUCUGCUGGAUGGACAGUGAGAAGAUACAGUGACAGAUGGUGGCUGGAAGAUUGUUCAUCAACAUUGUGGGGAUCACAAACAGGAUCUACUUGUACAAUCAGAGACACCAGCACAGAGGACACUGGAGUGUACUGGUGUCAGUCUGAAUCUGGAGAGAAAAGUCAUCCUGUUAAUAUCACUGUACACUCUGGUGUGAUUCUGGAGAGUCCUGUUCAACCUGUGACUGAAGGAGAAACUUUGACUCUACGCUGUUUAGAUCAAAAUACAACCUCACCAAACCUCAGAGCUGAAUUCUAUAAAGAUGGGUCACUCAUCCAGAUUCAAACUACAGAGAUGAUCAUCUCUACUGUCUCAAAGUCACACGAGGGUUUCUACUCCUGCAAACUCCCAGAGAGAGGAGAGUCACCCAAGAGCUGGAUCUCAGUCACAGCUUCCUCCAGAAGAUCAGGAUCUGAUGAUCUCAGUCCAGUGAUUUCUGGAGUGACUGUUGGACUAAUAAUUUCCAUUAUAGUCUUCUUGGUCUUUCUGUGGCGUUACAGAAACAACAAAGGUGGAAGAUGUGAGUCUCUCUCUCGUGUCAGUCAACAGCAGAACAGCAGUCAGACAUCAGAGCAGAACCAGAGUGAAGCGGGAAAUAAAACACUCAUGUCUGGAACUGCUCAUAUUUAUGACUCUAUUGAUGCAGCGAUUAAUAAAGACAUAAGCACAGACAAUGUAAGUGGACCUACUGAAAACACCUAUUCCGAAAUCAGCCUGAUCCAUAAAGGGAAAACCAGUGAAAGUUCUGACACUGUUUACUCUAAACUGAAACCCAUCAAGGUGCUGGAUCUAGUGAUGUGACGUAUGCUCAGAAUAAUAAUUGUCUGGAGGAGAAACUUUCAAUCCCAGGACACUGAUGAGUUUAGGCUGAGAAGGUCUUGAUAAUGACCAGGAUCAUCAAUUCUUAUAAUCUUUGUGAACACUUGAUGGCAAUACAUUUAUCAGUAAUUAAUGUCAGUGAUUGUUUUUUUAACUUUAGUCUGUAUUCUUAAAGUCGCAUCAUUGUGUGGGAGAGAAAGAUUUGUUAACUGCAAAGCCUUUUUAUUUUUUGGGAACAUUUCAGUUUCUCUUCUGUUCUUCUUGAUCUUAAAUGUAUUUUAGCAGGGUUUUCACGGUCAUGGAAACCUCAGUGAAUUUUGAGAUUGUGCGUGAAAAAUCAUGGAAAUGUUCUAAAAUCAUAAAUAUUUUUUAAAAAGAAAUAGCCACCAUCAGACAUGCAUCAAUAUUUAACUGAGAGAAUGAUGUGAAAGAGGAAGUACAGGAGAAA